AACCCUUUGCCUUACACCUGAGCUUAUGCCCGUUUACCUCAAAAGUCAAUCUAUCAUCCUAUGAGGAUUUAUCAUGACUAAGUUCAAGCGCAAUGCACAAUCGCAACCAAAGCAUGGGAAACCGUCGGUCAGCAGUGCAUCUAAGGCACCGGUUGCACCACCAAGCCGCCGUCCGGGAUGGACUGGACCAAGCUAUAUACGGAAAUCCGCCAAACAGACGCCUGCAGCAGUGAAGGAUAAUAGCUCGACAGAACAGAUCCAGAGUCUAUCUGUUAAACAUCAACAACUCAUUCUUGACACAAUCAGAACUACAUUUCCUGCCGUCGACGAAUUCAAUGCAUUGAUACCAGUAUUACGCGAGGUCAGGGAAGCCCUCGAGCAAAAGGACUACUGCAAAGCAUUCGGGACCAAGAAGUUCUUGGAGGCAUAUACAAUCCGUUGGAGCCCUAGUAGAGCUCUGACAAUUGCAAAUGUGUUAGCUUGGAUUUGCAGUGAGAUGAGAGAGGCUGCAUGGGUCCAACAGUUUCUUCACAAUGAUGGGCAAAAGCCAUCCAAGAUCGUAUGCAUUGGGCGAGGAGGAUCCGACUUAUUAGCAUGUGUGGCAUUGCUAAAGCACUGUCAUCAAAGCAAACUCGACGAAAUUCCCCGGCUAGAGUCAUCUUCUCCUGAUGCGAUAAUGCAAGACAUUAUUUCUAUCACUACCUCACACCUCGACCCUGAUUACAACGACAGUGCUAUGGUUGAUCUCAACCUCAUUGAUAGGCACGAUUGGUCAGGGAUUGUCACAAAACUACAACAUAAUCUCACACAUUCUCCUACUCUUUCUAAAUAUGCGACCGCUAAGGCGCACGCUUCAAAAACCUCUGCUAUCCCAUCUCACGUCUUAAAUCUAGCAGUCAACCACUUCGACAUCCUCGAAAGCAGAAGUACAGAUCUGCGUGCGAUGAUUGGGCCUAACCCGGCACUAAUUACUCUCUUCUUUACGCUCCACGAAUUCUACUCGAUCUCAAUAUCUAAAACCACAGCUUUCUUAUUGAGACUGACUUCGACAGCACCUAAAGGAAGUCUAUUGCUUAUUGUAAAUAGCCCUGGAGCUGAUGUCGCGCUACCUGAUAGUAGCAACAAAGGACAAGAAAAGAAAUAUCCAGUCGAGUGGCUACUUUACCAAGCUCUGCUACCGCCCAAGAGUAGGCCUUACACUAGCACAAAUUCAGAGGAGGAGGAACCGCCAGCAUGGGCGAAACUUAUCGAAGGUGGCCAUGAAAAGGAGUAUAAGUUACCUGCAGCACUAAGAUUUCCAGGAAGUCUAGAGAAUACCAGGCUCCAGGUGCACCUACUGGAGCGUUUAUGAUAGAGCGUUUAUGAUAGAACGUUUAUAAUAGCUAGGCUUAUCUUAUAACUGUUAUUCUGAAAUUAAAUUGGCUAAUCAUGCUCGGGUCGUUCCAUGUUCCGGCUCCCUAACCGCGUUGAAAG